AUGAACACACUCACAUUUGCGGUUUUCCUUUUGGCACUGGGGUUUCUUGUCUGCAAAGCCAGUAACCCAUGUUGCUCAGACCCAUGCCAGAACAGGGGUGUUUGCACAGGGCUUGGGGCAGAUAAUUAUGAGUGUGACUGCACAGGCACAGGAUAUUAUGGACAAAACUGCACAGAACCGGAGUUACUUACAUGGGUCAAAAUCUCCCUAAAGCCAUCACCCAAUACGGUCCACUACCUUCUCACCCACUUCAAGGGCUUCUGGAACAUCAUCAAUAACAUCUCAUUUCUCAGGGAUGCCAUCAUGAGAUAUGUGCUGACAUCCCGAUCCCACUUGAUUGAUAGUCCUCCAACCUUCAAUGCGGAUUAUGGUUACAAAAGUUGGGAAGCCUAUUCCAACCUUUCGUACUAUACGCGCACCCUGCCACCUGUGAGUGAGGAUUGCCCAACACCUAUGGGGGUAGUAGGUAAAAAGGAGCUUCCUGAUGCUAAGCUAUUGGCUGAGAAGCUUCUGAUGAGAAGACAAUUCAUUCCGGACCCGCAGGGCACCAGUCUGAUGUUUGCAUUCUUCGCGCAGCAUUUCACCCACCAGUUCUUUAAAUCCGAUAUGAAGAAAGGGCCUGCUUUUACAGUAGCUCAAGGUCACGGGGUGGACCUCAACCACAUUUAUGGAGAUGGCCUGGAAAAGCAACGCAAGCUCAGACUCUUCAAAGAUGGCAAGCUUAAAUAUCAGAUCGUGGAUGGAGAGGUGUACCCCCCAACAGUAAAGGAAGUGGGAGUUGAAAUGCACUACCCUCCUCAUGUCCCUGACUCUCACCGCUUCGCUGUGGGCCAUGAGGCUUUUGGCCUGGUCCCUGGUCUGAUGAUGUACGCCACAAUCUGGCUACGGGAACAUAACCGGGUGUGUGAUGUGUUGAAGGAGGUCCACCCUGACUGGGACGAUGAAAGGCUCUUCCAGACCACACGGCUCAUUCUAAUUGGAGAGACCAUCAAGAUUGUGAUCGAGGACUACGUGCAGCACCUGAGCGGCUAUCACUUCAAGCUCAAGUUUGAUCCUGAGCUGCUGUUCAACCAGCGCUUUCAGUACCAGAACCGCAUUGCAUCAGAGUUCAACACCCUGUACCACUGGCAUCCACUGAUGCCUGAUUCUUUCCACAUUGAGGAGAAAGAUUACAGCUAUAAACAGUUUGUCUUCAACACCUCUGUAGUGACUGAGCACGGCAUCAGCAACCUUGUGGAGUCAUUUACAAAGCAGAUUGCUGGACGGGUUGCCGGUGGCCGAAAUGUCCCAGGAGCUGUCUUGUACGUGGCCAUUAAGUCCAUUGAAAACAGCAGAAAGAUGCGCUACCAGUCUCUUAACGCCUACAGGAAGCGAUUCUCCAUGAAGCCCUACAGCUCUUUUGAAGAGAUGACAGGAGAGAAAGAAAUGGCCGCAUUGCUCGAGGAGAUGUAUGGACACAUCGAUGCUGUGGAGCUCUACCCGGGUCUGUUGGUGGAGAAACCCAGGCCUAAUGCCAUCUUUGGGGAGACCAUGGUGGAGAUGGGGGCACCUUUCUCCCUCAAGGGCUUAAUGGGAAACCCAAUCUGCUCCCCGGAGUACUGGAAGCCCAGCACAUUCGGAGGUAGCGUGGGCUUCGACAUCGUCAACACGGCCUCCCUUCAGAGCCUCGUCUGUAAUAAUGUCCGAGGCCCCUGUCCAGUGGCGUCUUUUCAUGUGCCAGACGUCAAAGACACGGGGUCCAUGAUCAUCAACUCAAGCACAUCCCAUUCAGGCAGCAGUGAUAUCAACCCAACGGUCAUUUUAAAAGAAAGGACUACUGAGCUCUAAGUUUUAUAUAUUAGUAGGUUAUUUUUUUAAAUGUAUGUAUUUAUUAAUUUAUUUAUUUUUGUAUUUAUUGUCUUCUAUUUAUGAGAGAGCAACAGAUGUGUUUUAUACGGAAUUUUGGUAUUUUUGUCUUGUUAUUAAGUACAAAAUCUGCGGUUGUGUUAAUUUAUUGAACGACUUACAGUUAAGUUAUUGUUACAGUAAUGACCUCAAUCACUGCUUAUUGAUACUUGAAAGUUAGUUUACAGUUUUAGGUACAUACUGUAGUAGCGUACAUUACACUUCUAAUGUAAUUUUUUUUUCAUUUAAUUGCUUGGCUGCCCAUGCGCACCUUGGUGAUACGAUUGCCAACAGUUAGUAGUGAUGACACAUAUAGUUGUGAUGUUCAUGGUGAAUUUACUGACUGAUCUUGACUCUCUUGAUAUAAUUUGACACAUAGUAAAGUGAAAUCCUAGUUCAGUAUUAUCUUACUGAUUUUAUUCUUCAGUCUGUGUGUCAGGUUCGGGUAAUUUGAAAUGGCAGUUAGUCUCAGACUCUAAGCUGCACUGUUUAGAAUUGUCUGUAAAAAUAGCCAUGCAAUUUGUUUUGCUCUGAAUGUUUUUUGACUUGCAGGUUUGACACUAAUAAAUGCUUCCAGGAAAUGGAGCAGAAAUCACCA